CUCACAUGAAAACCCGGUGUGACGCGUACCGAAACAAAAAAAGUCGCGUCCUCGCUGUAACUCUCAUGCUCAUGUUGAGCAACGCUGCACAGACUGUGACUCACUGGUCCAACUGAUGCAACCCGAGGAAACUGCUUGUGAAGGGGUUUGAGGUCAUUAAGGCGGGGCACCCGCACAGCCAAUUAUCAUGCUAAACUUUUCUUAAAUUCCUCUGUUUUUCGUGGUGAAAAUGAGUUCCAGGCUGAAAGACGAGCGGGAAGGUAUCGUGUGUCGUCUGACGAUUAUUGUCUCGUCCAGGAGGAAGCAGCGACGAGCCACAUGAUGAGCACACAUGGAUACACACAGAGGUCACACAGCACCAUCACCAGCAGUUAUGAAUUAUGAAGGGAUGAGUCGAUACCAUACUCAGUAUCGGUCCGAUACUGGUCAGAAUCCCUGGAUCGGAAAUCAGAUAUAAUCCAAAAAUCCAAUAUGUCGCGUGCUUCACAGACUGUACAAAUGUAAAUAGAGUCAUGUUGUGGGCUGCUGAUUUCUUAUUUAUGGAGAAUAUUUGUUACACGGCUGGAGAAUUACAUCUUUGAAAUAGCGUUAAAUGGCUAGCCCAUAGUUUAAAAUGACUGUAUCGGACUGAUAUCGGUGCCAGUAGAUACUCAAGUUUGUAUCGGACAUGAAAAAGUGAUAUCAGGCCAUCCCGACUUAUGAAUAUAAUACAACUUCAGGCAAUCAGUUCUUCUUUAUUAAGUCUUGUUGAACUAUAACUACUGAUAACUACAGUAUUUGUAAGUAAGCCAACCAUGGUGGUUUAUUUUGAGUUAAUGUGGAGGAAAAGCAUAAAAUCCACCGUCGUAAAUUGUAAAUCCAGGUUCUAGACAGAAACACAAGGUCCCUUAGCAGUUUUAGUUUAGUUUAGUUAUCAUUUUUACAUCUUUUCAUCAAAUCUUUACAUCAUAUUACACCAUGGUAUAGGAAAAACAUUAAAAUGUUACUCACUGUCUCACUUUAAGAACUUUGAUUUACCCUGAAAUUACCCGACAACAACGAUCUCUGACUGUAGAUAUUUAGGUGUACGUAUGAAAACAACGAUCUCUGACUGUAGAUAUUAAGGUGUUCGUAUGAAAACAACAAUCUCUGACUGUAGAUAUUUAGGUGUACAUAUGAAAACAACAAUCUCUGACUGUAGAUAUUUAGGUGUACACAUGAAAACAACGAUCUCUGACUGUAGAUAUUUAGGUGUACACAUGAAAACAACGAUCUCUGACUGUAGAUAUUUAGGUGUACAUAUGAAAACAACGAUCUCUGACUGUAGAUAUUUAGGUGUACGUAUGAAAACAACAAUCUCUGACUGCAGAUAUUUAGGUGUACAUAUGAAAACAACGAUCUCUGAUUGUAGAUAUUUAGGUGUACAUAUGAAAACAACAAUCUCUGACUGUAGAUAUUUAGGUGUACACAUGAAAACAACGAUCUCUGUAGAUAUUUAGGUGUACACAUAAAAAAACAACGAUCUCUGAUUGUAGAUAUUUAGGUGUACAUAUGAAAACAACGAUCUCUGACUGUAGAUAUUUAGGUGUACACAUGAAAACAAUGAUCUCUGACUGCAGAUAUUUAGGUGUACAUAUGAAAACAACAAUCUCUGACUGUAGAUAUUUAGGUGUACACAUGAAAACAACGAUCUCUGACUGCAGAUAUUUAGGUGUACACAUGAAAACAACGAUCUCUGAUUGUAGAUAUUUAGGUGUACAUAUGAAAACAACGAUCUCUGACUGUAGAUAUUUAGGUGUACAUAUGAAAACAACUAUCUCUGACUGUAGAUAUUUAGGUGUACGUAUGAAAACAACGAUCUCUGACUGUAGAUAUUUAGGUGUACAUAUGAAAACAACGAUCUCUGAUUGUAGAUAUUUAGGUGUACAUAUGAAAACAACGAUCUCUGACUGUAGAUAUUUAGGUGUACGUAUGAAAACAACGAUCUCUGACUGUAGAUAUUUAGGUGUACACAUGAAAACAACGAUAUCUGACCGUAGAUAUUUAGGUGUACAUAUGAAAACAACAAUCUCUGACCGUAGAUAUUUAGGUGUACAUAUGAAAACAACGAUCUCUUACUGUAGAUAUUUAGGUGUACAUAUGAAAACAACGAUCUCUGACUGUAGAUAUUUAGGUGUACACAUGAAAACAACGAUAUCUGACCGUAGAUAUUUAGGUGUACAUAUGAAAACAACGAUCUCUGACCGUAGAUAUUUAGGUGUACGUAUGAAAACAACGAUCUCUGACUGUAGAUAUUUAGGUGUACGUAUGAAAACAACAAUCUCUGACUGUAGAUAUUUAGGUGUACAUAUGAAAACAACGAUCUCUGACUGUAGAUAUUUAGGUGUAAGUAUGAAAACAACGAUCUCUGACCGUAGAUAUUUUUGUUGGAUGGAAGUGGAAGAAAUGCGAGAGAAGCCGCAUUUAAUCUGUGGAUGUGUGCGAGAGCGUGUGAGCAGGAAAAAAAGAGGAAAAAGCUUUAAGCCCCUACUUUAACUAUUCCACUCCCCUUCCCAUACUUUCCUCAAAGUCCCCUCCUUCUCCCCCCCCCCCCCCAUGUCUGAAUUCUGAUUAAUCCCUGUAAUGACCUCAGAGGUCUCACUUUGACCUCAGAGAGUGGCGAGUCCCCGCUCUCCUCCGCCAGAGCCAGACCGAGGCAGUCGAUCCCCGAUCGUCGCUCCUCGGCCUCGCCUUGUGAACAGUUGUUGUCUGUUGCGUUCUCUC